AUGGAAGAUAUGUCAUUUUGUGGAGAAAUGAACGUUCUAUCUAAUGGUUCGUAUUCUCCCUUACAAGUGCCAGAACGAGAAGAAGAAGAAGUCAGACAAGAUGAUUCUGGAAAAUCAUUUGAAAGUGUUCUUGUAUACGAACGAGAGGAUGAAAGUAUUAAUUUAUUAUCCUUGGAAGCGGAUAUUAAUUACUUAAAGUUAUUCGUAACAUUGUUGAUGGAUGUUAUAUAUAAAAAUGCAGAUGAAGUUAUUAAUUUGGAUCUAUCCAAUUGCUCACGAUCAAGGUUAUCAACUUAUAAACGGCACAUUCGGACUCGUGAGAAUAAAUGUGGUAUUCAGAAGCAAUCAUCAACACCAUCACCUUUACGGCGACAAUUAAUUCGUUCUCGAUUUAAACGUUCAGGACUAAAUAUUGAAUCUUUAUAUGCUAUGACAAAAGAAGGAUCACCACAACAACAGCAGGUUUUGUUAAAUGAGGAAACCAACACAGAUGGAUCAAAUUCAAUUGAUCGACAGUCAUUACCAGAGGAUAAACAACAGUGA